CACCGCCAUGACGUGAACUUUGACCUCCUUGUUGAACGACACACUGCGCACUUCCGGAAGUUGCGAAGCCAUCUCCUCGCAGGAGAUAGAGCUUGGAAACAAGCUUCGAAACGGUCCUUACCCAAGGACUCUACUUCCCUUUUCACGUUGAAAUGAAUGUUCAGAAAGGGAAACCAUCCGUAUCGCCACCAGUACAGAUAGCAACACAGCCCCAACACCUAGGUAUUGCCUCCGCCCCCCCUACAGGACACACCCCUCCACUGCUGAGAACAGACGAAAUUCAGAUUUUUCAGCAACCCAGCUACGCACAGGUCCAGAGCUAUCAAGUUCAGCAAGCACCUGUCCCCCAUGAUAUGAAUAAGCAGCAGCCCGUGGCGGCAGGUCUGAUGCCCGCCCCCGGUGUUGCUCCUCAGCAGCAGGGUAUAUUCCAGCAACAGCAAGCGGGGCUAAGGACCACACAGAGUCCUCAAUACUUUCCUGGUAGCCAGCCACAGGGGAUGCGGCCCCCGCGCUACAUGGGGCCUCAGCCCCAACCAAAUCUCACGUACCAGAUGCCGUACUGGCAGACCCAGGGCCAGGGUUACCCAGCGGCGAGCGUCAUGGUGCAGCAACAAGGGCAGUUAAUGUAUCCCCCAAGUACUAGAAUGCCAACCCCUCAGUAUCAUCAUGCCAUUCCAAAUUCUCAAACAACCAUUCAACAACAGAUAGCUGCCACAGCGCAGUAUCAAAACCCUCCCACAGCACAGUAUGGCAGUGCACCCCAGUUCCAAGUAUUCUACCAGGCGAAAGCACCAGUACCAGUAGACAUCCCCAGACACGAGCGGGGGCAGACUGUGCCAAUUGCUCAACCUCAGCGACCAGCUUCUGCAUCUGGUGUACCACCGGCAACACUACAAAAGCGGGUACGGAACCCAAUUCCCAUCAUCGACCCCAACUCGGGGCAGCAGGUGCAGACGGAGGCAGAGGCAGCUCCCAAGACAACGCCACCUGGUGGCAGUGCCAGGAGUACACCAGUUGGACAACCAGCUCCAGAGAGUAGCCCACCUCCUAGUGGUGGGGACAUAGCUGCACAGUUUGCUGCCCAAGUAGCUGCCACAUUACGAUCAGGUCACCCUCCAUCCAGCCACACACAAGGCCAGGACAUGACUGCCAGUAGCCCGCCACUCACAGAUCAGCAAAGCUACUCCCAGUCACCAGAACUUGCACAGCCAGACUUUAAUCAAGAAGUACAAGAAGCAACACAAAAUGAGCAAGCUGUUGAAGACAUGUCAUCAAAUGCUCAAAUUGAGAGCUGUGUGGAUGAACCCCCACAACAGGUGCCUGUUAAUGAACCUAUCGUGAAAGAGGCAACCCCGCCUCCCGAUAACAGCGAAACGGAAGUGACUGGAUCCAGCGUCGACUACGCCCCAGAGCCAAGUAAAGUCGUGGACCAGAGCAGUCCGGUUGAUGCUGAUUCAUUCACAGAACCGUUCCGUGUUGAUGUGGAGAACAUUACGCCAUUUGUGCCCGCUGCUUCACAAGCACCAGCACAAGCACCCACACAGGCUGCUCCAGUACAAGCUCCUACGCCAGUGGCUCCAUUGCAAGCUCCAGCACCAGUGGCUCCAUUGCAAGCUCCAGCACCAGUGGCUCCAUUGCAGGCUCCAGCACCAGUGGCUCCAUUGCAGGCUCCAGCACCAGUGGCUCCAUUGCAGGCUCCAGCACCAGUGGCUCCAUUGAAGGCUCCAGCACCAGUGGCUCCAUUGCAGGCUCCAGCACCAGUUGCUACAGUACAAGCACCAACACCAGCUGCUCCAGUACAAGCACCUGUUGCCAAGGAACCAGUUCAGGUUGCUCCCGUUAAAGCACCUGUUCAGGUGGCUGUUGUGCAAGAACCAGCUCAAGUGGCACCGCCAGUGGUGACUCCACCUGUGACUGAAGCUCCAGUAACAGAAUCAGACGUUGUUGAGAAGACGGCCCCCACUCCACCCCCUGCCUCAGCUCCCACCCCUACCCCCACUGUUGUUUCUGUGGCAGAUAUGGCAAAGGAACAGACACCACCACCUGCAGCCACUGAAUCAAAAGAGGUUGUGCUUGAUAAUGAACCUGCAUCUGCAGGCAACUUGACUGGAAAGGACGCAAAACAAAAGGGAGGAAAAAAGAAAUUGAGAGACCUGAAUCGAAAGGGGGAUGAAAAAGAAGGAACAGACAUGGACGCAUUCUUAGAUGCUGAGACGGCCCAGAGUGAGCUCCAGGGCGACGACGUGAAGGAUACCCCUGCACAGGUAGAAGAAGUCAAAACAGAAGUGAAGAUCCCACCAGCAGAACCGGUGAAUAAUGUUGCUGAUGUGGGCAAGGAGAAUAAAAUGCCGAAUGUAGAAAUAGAAAUCAAAAACUCUGAAGAGAGUGAAGUAAGUCGUAAAAAUGCCAAAAAUGAGGAGAAGACAAAUGAGGUGACAACGACAGAGGAGAAUUCUGUUGACAAGAAGCAAUCGCUGAAAUACAAGUACAAGGAAGACCAGUGGAGUCCCUUGAACCCUGAGGGCAAGAUGUCUUAUGACCGUGAGUUCCUGCUACAACUCCAGUACUCCAAAGACUCAAUGAAGAAGCCUGAUUCUCUUCCCAACUUCCCAGAAAUCAUUCCUGAUAAGCCCCCCAAGCAAGGCAUGGAUAUGAGAGGUGGAGGGGGAGGAGGUGGUGGCUAUGGCCAUGUCCCAGACUUCACACCCGGAUUCCUCAGGCCAUCACGAGGGAUGGGUAGUGGAGGUGGCGGCGGAGGUGGUGGUGGUGGAGGAGGCUCCAUGAGCAAGCGAGGCAGCCAGCAGCGUAACCGUAGUGACGUACGGGUCAUCAAGAACGUUUCCAUCCAACUGGACGUUAAGCUCCAUCACUCAGAUAAUGCCUGGAAACCUGGCGCUCAGAAGGCAGAUGACAAGGACAAGACAGAUGAUUCCAAGACCUUGGAUUUGUACCGCAAAGUGCGAAGUAUAUUGAACAAGUUGACCCCACAGAAGUUCCAGACAUUGAUUAAACAAGUUCAGGGCCUGGUUAUUGACACUGAGGACAGACUGAAGGGGGUAACAGAUAUUAUAUUUGAAAAGGCUAUUAGUGAGCCUGCCUUCAGUGUGGCUUAUGCAAACAUGUGCAGAUAUUUAUUAACGCUUAAAGUGCCCUCCGACAGCAAACAAGGGGAAACAGUUAAUUUCCGUGUGAUAUUAUUAACAAGAUGUCAGCGGGAAUUCGAAAAAGAUAAUGACGCCCAAGUUGAUCUCGACCGGAGGAAAAAGGCUAUAGAAGAAGCUGACCCGGCAAACAAGAAGGAGUUGAAGGAAGAACUGGCGAUUGCUGCCACCACAGCAAGGCGGAGAUCUAUAGGGAACAUAAGAUUUAUAGGCGAGUUAUUCAAGUUGAAAAUGUUGACAGAAAAUAUUAUGCAUGACUGUGUGUUCAAGUUGUUACGAUCUCGAGAUGAGGAGAACCUGGAAUGUCUGUGUCGUCUCCUCUCCACCAUCGGGAAAGAACUCGAGUCAGACAAAGCCAAGCCAAGAAUGGACCAGUAUUUCCAACAGAUGAAGAAGAUAGUUGCCGAGAAGAAAGUGUCCUCAAGAUGUCGAUUCAUGCUGCAGGAUGUUGUAGAAUUACGAGAUAGUAAUUGGAAGCCCAGGCGAGGAGAUGACAACCCCAAAACCAUCGACCAGAUCCACAAGGACGCCAAGCGAGAAGCUGUGGAACAGAACAUGUUGACAGCAUUGCACAUGGCAAAUCAGCAACCACAGCAGCAUCAUCAACCAAGACACAAUAAGCCUACCCGAGGCCGACCAGGACAGGGCGGUGGAGGCGGCGGCGGCGGCAGUGGUGGCAACAUGGAGGAGGGCUGGAACACAGUCAGCAGCAAGGCCAUUAGGAACAUCGACAGAAACAUUGAUGUGUCCAAACUCAGGAUAGAAAAGAAUGCUGAUGAAAACAUCCAACUGGGUCCAGCCAGGAGUUUCGGCGGCUGGGGAAGAGGCAGUAGUGGUGGAGGUAGCAGAGCUUCAAAGGAGGGUGACAAGCCAAAUGCUCCUGGAAACAGAUUUUCUGCUCUGAGCAGAGAAGAUGACCAGAGAUCUCGUGCAUUUGGUCGCGGGGUGAGUCCAGCUCGCGGUGAUGGUCGUAAUCGGGCCAACACGCCCGGCGGCUACAACCGAGGCAAGGUGAUCAACCGGUCAUCUCAAGAGUCAGAAAGAGAGCGUGCUCUUGCUAGUGCUAGGAGUAUAGUGAGUGGCAGGGCCACCCCUCCAUCAGGAAAUGCAAGUAGAGAGGGAAGUCGAACACGGUCGUCACAGGAGGUGGAGAGACCUGCACCAUCUAUGAAGGAAAUGACGGAGGAUGAGAUGGAAAAGAAGACCUACUCAAUAAUAGAUGAAUAUUUGCAUAUACAGGAUCGAAAGGAGGCUAUCCAGUGUGUACAGGAGUUGAACUCGCCCAAAACCAUCCAUUUCUUUGUGUAUUUUGCAAUUAACCAUGUGCUAGAGAGGUCAAAGCAAGCUCGCCAACAGACAGGGCACCUGCUUCAUGAUUUGAUCAACCAGAAAAUCAUCUCUGUCGACACCUACUUACAAGGAUUGACGGAGAUUCUUCUGUCAGCUGAGGACAUGGAGAUUGACAUCCCCAAGAUUUGGCAGUAUCUGGGUGAGCUGAUCGGACCCAUGAUCCAAGAUGGCAGUGUUCCACUUAGCUUCCUCAACAAGGCCUGUGAGCCAUUGAAGGCGUCCGGCAAGGCGGGCAACCUCAUGGCAGAGAUCUUGCACGAUGCCAGUCAGAGACUUGGACACAAGAUUGUCACACAUUUAUGGCGAAACAACUGCAUGGACUGGAGUUUCUUUGUACCUCAGGAAAAAAUCCAGCAGUUUUUGAAAGAAAAGAGCCUGGAGUUUACCGUGGGCCCAGACUCGGCACCCAGCACACCUACCAGUAAAGUGUCCAUAGAAUGGAUCAAACAGAACCUUUCAGAGCUCUUGCUCAAGCCCAAAUGUGAUAAUGAACAGAUAUUUGACUGGAUUGAGGCCAAUGUCCCUGAUGAGAUUACCAAAGAAAAUAGAUUUAUCAGGGCCUUAAUGACUACCGUCUGCUCCAGUGCAAUAUUAGGUACUGGCAACAUGGCAAAAGUCGACCAAGAACCUAUAAAGAAGUGGCGAUCCCUCCUGCAGAAGUACCUGGAUCACCAGCCUGUAUUUGAGUUGCAGGCUCUGUAUGCUGUGCAGGCGCUCGUCCACUCACUGGAAUAUCCAUCAGGUGUCCUGCGGACAUUCUUUGAUACACUUUAUGAUGAGGAAAUCAUCUCAGAAGAUGCAUUUAAUCAAUGGGAAACAAGUAAAGAAGAGCAGGAAGGGAAGGGAGUUGCGCUCAAACAAGUUGUUCAGUUCUUUGCGUGGCUACGCGAAGGGGAGGAAGAGGAGGCUGACAGCUGAGAAUAGGCUUAUUAUUAGGACAAACUUGAUCACAAACUGCAAUAUGAAAUUACAAAUAUGAUUGUCAUUGCUGUUUAAAUGUGUGCACCAGAGGAUGAAAGAAAUGAUUAAUUUAUGAGCUUGCUGUAUAAAUGUGCUUUCUACUUGUUGGAGAAAACAAAGGAUCUUCUGACAGCCAAAUAUAACCAUGGAUGUGUUUAUUUUUUUUUGUUGCCAUGGUCUUCGUUGAUGCAGAUGUUCGUUAAUGCAUAUAUCAAUUAUGUGCAUUUAAAAAUUUGCCUACACGGCUGUGCAUUUGUAUGUAUGUCGAGGGGGAUGUUGACAAGCCGAGGAACGAGGGAGUCUGAAGAAUAUUCAGAAUACCUUGUUGAUCUACUGAGAGGUGCUAGGCUUGUUUGAGAAUGGAUAUGUAACACUUUAACCAGAAGCCCUGCAAGGGUAUUUCAGUUGUUUCUUUUUUGUUUCUUGGUGAAUUCUAUGGAUCAUGUUUUGUUUUUUGAUAAUCAUUCUUAAAUUAUAUACAUAUAUACAUAUUAUAUAUAAACUGCAUAAUUUCAUAUGCAAAGUUGUGUUGGUCGAACUGUAUGAAUGACCGAUAUAAACUAUCUUGUGGAAGACGAGCCACGAAAGACAAGAAUAUGAAAUGUGCAUUCUCUAUAGACUAUAGACAGUGAGCCUGAUGAGUCGGGUAGUGUCCAUCAACUUUGGAUAAUACAAACACUUUGAAGCCAGGACUUCGUGAACUACAGAUUAUGAAACUCUUCCCAGCUCAACCAACUAAAUGCCUCUCAAAGCUAUGAUGGAGGGACCCAUUUGAAGAAGUAUUUACUAUGGCUACAGCAGACAAGGAUCCUACUUCGUAGGGCUAAAACCUGCCACUUUAUUUUGCAUGAGCAACUUGUACAGUUUGUCACCAUUACUGAUGCCUGUUCUACCCUUCAAAACCAUUAGGGGAAAACGUUUCCCACAAGUGACUGGAGUUUAUUGAAUGUGGAUGCCUUUGGUUAUGUUUGUGUAUAUAUUGACUACAAGAAUAUUGGUACGCUGAUAAUGGAGUUGGUUGGAAUUCUUAUUCAUGGAAAUAUGGCCCAUUUCCAUUGAAAAGGGAAAACAUAAAAAGCUAUUAUUCUGUCAUGUUAUGUUGAAAAUGUUCCAAGUGCAAAAUAUCUGUGAAAAAAAUAUUGAUUAUGUGAAUGAUACCUCAGAUAUAUAGUCAAGAGGUAUCAAAUAUUACAAGUUACAAAUACUGAGAAAUGUGAAACUUGCCUUUAUUUAUAUUUGUAGGAUUUGAUAAUGUAAGCCUCGUGUACUGAGAUAAAUUGAGUUGAUUGUGUGUAUGUGCUCAGUGGCUCCUGAGUAAUGACGAACUCAUGGCUCUCCUACCAGUAUCGUUGGUUGAGCUGGGCACACCUCCCUUCCCUAAUGCUGUCUGUGAUCACUACGAGCUGACAGGCAGCCUGCUGAGCGUGACCACCAUAGUCAUAUGAAUACAGUAAUGACAGAACGCAAACAGAUGUAAAUAAAACAUACCAAUGACAGACUUUCAAAA